CCUCACCCCCGACUGCAUCCUCUCCUUCCGUCCUUUCUCUUCCUCUUCCUCUCUCUCUCUCUCUCUCUUUCUCGUUCUCGCUCCGUCUCUGUUCCUGUCCUCCCUUUUCGUCCUCGUGAACAGGAGGCACAGCAAUCGGACAGAAGAUGAGCGACCAGGAGGAUCUGGAUUAUUACAUCAUGUUCCCGUCGUUUCCGCCGUCCCCGAAGGACGCGAUGUUGUCCGAAAAUGGACAGGAUCAACGGGAGGAGUUCGUGUUCGUGUACGAGGAGGACAAGCGGCCGGUUGUAAUCCUGCUUGGAUGGGCCGGCUGUCAGGACCGAUAUCUGGCCAAAUACAGCUCGAUCUACGAGAAGAAGAGUUGCAUCACGCUGCGUUACACAGCGCCGGUGGAGUACCUGUUCUGGCGCCGGGACAAGAUGCCUUACAUCGGCAAGCGGUUGCUGGAGGUGAUCACUGACGAGCGGCUAGACGAGCAUCCCAUAUUCUUUCACGUCUUCAGCAACGGCGGCGCGUUCCUGUAUCAGCACAUCAGCUUCGCGAUGCAGAGGGCCAACACUCCAUUCAAGAUCAGGGGAGUGAUAUUCGACAGUGCACCCGGCGAGAGGAGAGUAACGACACUUUUCAAGGCGAUCAGCGCGAUUAUCGGCGGUCACCCCGUCACGAACCUACCAAUGUCGCUCGUCAUCACGUUCUUCCUCUCCGUACUCUGGUUCUUCGAGGUAAUUGCGCAGGCUUUUAGCAGAACGCCUAUCCCAACGAACCCGAUCGCCCUCGUGGAGGAAGCCUAUUCGUGGCCUCAGCUGUUCCUUUACUCCAACAGCGACACUCUGAUCCCGGCGUCGGAUGUGGAGAAGUUCGCCAGCCGGCGGGCCGAGAGGGGUGUGCGGGUGCAGCUGGUCCUGUUCACCAAUUCGCCGCAUGUCAAGCACUACACGACCUACCGCGACGUCUACGUGAACACCGUGUGCAGCUUCAUUCACGAAUGCCUGAUCUCGCCGAGCCCGUCGAGAAGCCUGCUGGCCCUCGACCACGGCGACGAACACGGCUCUCAGAGCUACGACGCGCUGCCGGAUCUCACGAAGCGUGUCGUGUUGCCUCACGAGGCCAGCAAACAGCUAAACUAGUAAUUCGGAGAAGACACUAAUAGAUAAAAUUAUAGUUGCCCGCUAGAGGAUCGCGUUGGUGGCACGCGCGACCUCGCGGGUAUAAAGGGAGAGAGGAUCGAUGAUUUAUUACGUCUACAUUUUACGGACUAAACAGUCUACAAGGAAAGGAGUGAACUCGAAGGAAAUACCAGAAUCCACAUUUUGCGCAAUCACGAUCUCCCAAUCUCCGUAAUUGGAAAUUGCUCCUCAAGCUGCUAAAUUCUUCCCCUCCUAUCGUUUCUUUGUACUUCCGUCUAUUCAUUGCGAUUCCAAGACGGAAGAAUCGUAUAAUUAUUAAUUAGGACAGAAUCGACUUUUUAUUACAAUAAGCAAAGAGCCAAGGAGGAAUGUUUGCGAUGGUAAAACCAAAAAGGAGUCCAAACAUUUUGCGGAAUAGUUUCUGAUCUUGAAAGAUUGAGAGGUUGAGAUUUCGCUGAAUACAUUUCUCGCGGUUCGUUCAGUUCACUCGUUUCACAUAGCAAAGAGGCGACGUCCGAGAUGCUGGAAACGGUGCUACGUUCGUUAAUGUACCGAGCUAUUUUAUAUAAAGUUGAUUAUCAUUUUGGAACGAAACGUUAUUCAAAUAAAACUGUGGAUUUUUUAAUGAGCCGAGCGAGAAAAUAGAUACGUGGUGGCGUAAGAGCUUUCAAAUUAAUUGUACUUUGAUGUGUAUUUCGAUGACUAUUCGUAUAAGCUUAAAAACAUGAAGAUUUUAAUCUUACUCCAGAUUUUUUAUUUCUAUAUGCAACUCAAAUGUCACAAACAUACAUACGUAACA